AUGUGCUGGCAUGAAAAAAAGGUACCAUCUCUUCUUGACUUGUUCAAACUACAAGAGAGACGACUAGAGAUAAAGACAGAGUUGAUUGAAGUAACAAAGGAGUGUGAAAGCAAGGAAUAUCUCUUUGAACUCUUUAGAAGAAAAGAUGCUCUUAUUGAAUGCAUGAAAUCAAGAAGGGGUUGA